AUGGGCACAGUACAUCCAGUGGUCAACGAAUUCAAACUCGUAACCUUCCUGAAUAUCUCUGCUUUGGACACUAAUCACAACGAUAUCGUCGCUUUCCAUAAACAACUCGAAUUAUUUUGCAAACGGUAUAGUUGGGUACACCAAUCGACAGCUGUCCUUUCCAGUUGCGAAUGGUUGAAAUCCAGCACAACAUCGAUUUUUCACCAAAUCGAACAGGUUAAGGGAGAAAUUCUGGGAUCUUUAGACUCAAAUUACCAAUCAACAAGAGUAAGAAGAGGUCUUUUCAAUGCAGUUGGCAGAGUUUCCAAAGUUUUAUUCGGCGUGUGUUCAGAUGAGGAUGCAGAGUUCUUAAACUCCAAAAUCUCGGAAUUGAGUAAUGCUAGAACUGAUACCCUGAACAUUCUAGAAGCACAGACCAGAAUUGUACGAGCCACGGUUAACGAUAUAAACUCAACUUUGACAACAAUUUCUAAAGAACGAAAGAAUAUGGGGGAUUUGAUCACCCAUCUAAGUGAAAAACUGGGGAAGUCGCUUUCAACUCUAUCAGAACUAGACGCUCGAGAAAUGCUCAGUGAGCAAAAACUCCUACAAAUUGUAAACUCUGCAAUCCACGGACAAGCUCAUCCGAGCCUCAUGACUCAUCAACAAUAUGUGGAACACUUACGAGAAAUUCAAUUAACUCUACCCAUAGGCUCGAAUUUACCUUUCCCAUUAGAAAAGUUUAGUAUCACAAAAUUCAUUCAGGUUACCCAAGUUUCAGUUUUACUCGCAAGCAACGCACUGAUAUUUAUACAAACGAUCCCUUUAAUCAGUUCUAAUCUCUACAAGGGUUAUAGGCUUAUACCAUUUCCUGUUCGACAACAGGGCCAGACAUAUUCUAUUCUUACAUCCGUACCUUCUGUAUUAGCACUUAGCUCAAAUCGAGAAUAUUUUAUCCCUCUAACCGAAUCACAGUUGGGGAAUUGUAAACGCAACGACACUUCUUUCUAUUGCUCGCAGAUCAUGUGCAUGUAUAGUUCGACAAAUACAAUUUGUGGUGUUAACUCUCUCUUAGGUCUAAAGGAAAAUUCUUCUGUAUUUAAAGUUCAAUAUGUAAAAAUUAAUAAUUCUAUUUUUAGUCGCUUAGAAUCUACAAAUACAUGGUUGUACGUAUCAGUAAGUGAAAAUGUAGCUAUUAAGUGUGUUAAUGAGGAUCCGCACAACAUCAUCCUUAAUGAGACAGGGCAAAUAACAUUAAACCCACAAUGUGUUUUAUAUGCAAAACAAACUAUUCUCUUUCCAUCGCAAGUGAUUGUUAGGAAUUCCAGCCGAAAUCUUUAUAAUCCUAUAAAAAGUGAGGGUCUAGGUCAUCUUUUAGUAACAAAUAUUUCUCAGGACCUCGUUGAAGCGCUUAAUUUUUCGGAGAGUCAUAACAGCAUUGGUCUGGAAGACUUAUCACGGCAUUCUAAAUCUUUAAAAGAAAUCGAGGAAAUGAUAAAAGUUGAGAAAAAUAAAAAUUAUACUCCAAAAGAAACACACAUCAAGGGUUUAGUAGAAGAAACGGACGUCAGGUCAGGCAGGAGCCGUCAAAAGAUAGCCGAGGAGGAGGAUCGAGCACGUCAGGCUGUGGACCGGAGGCACGGACUCCCUGAUGAUGAUGAAAAUUAG